AUUAAACAUAUACAAAACCGAGCACCUGUCAGAGAUUACUUUAAUAAACUCGACGAUGGAAGUAAUGAAUGCAAAGUAUGUGAACAAGCAUUCGGAAAGCAGACCACAAUAUCAACCAUUAAUUGGCAUUUUGAAGCUUUCCACUCUUCUGAAUACACUAUAAUCAAACAGC